AUCCAUACAUUAUUCACUUUUGUUUGCACCAUACACACACCAACCAUCACCAAAAAAAAAUGUCCUUCAUCUCUGUUGGUUGCUGCAACGGUUCGGUAGCUCCACUGCCCAGUCCUAUUAAUCUUCAAGCUCCACUCCAACCAUUCACACUCAAAAGAAGCACAGUCAUAGCUUCUGCUUCAAAAUCUGGAGGAGGAUUAUCACUCAAUUCGAUAUUUAAUAGUUGUAAAACUUGCCAAGGCAAAGGAGGUAUUCAAUGUCCAGGAUGCAAGGGAACAGGAAAGAAUAAAAAGAAUGGAAAUAUAUUUGAACGCUGGAAGUGCUUUGGGUGCCAAGGAUUUGGGCUAAUAGGUUGCCCUACAUGUGGAAAGGGAGGGUUGACACCAGAGCAAAGAGGAGAAAGAUAAAGAAGCUUAAAAAGACCAAUUUUCUUAUAAGUGUGGAGAAUUUGGAAAAUGUGUAAAAUUGACCAAGUGUGUAUUUGAAUGCAUGCCGUCAUGUGUAUACUUUAAAGAGAAUUGCUAUGUUUACAUCUAAAACUUACACCUUA